AUUAAAAUAUACAUCAACAAAAGCCAGGUUCUCACUGUGCUGGGGUAUGUACCCUGGGCAGCUGCUGUACUGUGGACAUUUCCUGGGGCCCAGCUGAGGGGAGAGUUUGCAUCCAAGCUUACAUCAAUGACCUCAAUGACCGACUGCCCCCAGGAGGAAAGAGCCGGAACCAGGUGACUGCCUUCCUUGCUGCUCUGAGUAAGCCUGUGGCUUUGCGGCCUGUCCUCAGAGCAGCCUCUGACCUGUCCAGGCACCCUGUCCAACUGGCUACAAGGACAGAAACAGGUCCUGCACAACCCUCAGUGGACCAGUCUACUUGGUUAAGGAGCCUGUGUCCAGCCUGCCCUGAGGAGGCCCUGGCUACAGCCAUGGCAGGUACCUGUGACAGGGCCCCAGACUUCCUCUCCCCAUCUGAAGAUCAGGCCCUGGGACCUGCCCUGGGCAGUGCAGUUUCUCUGAACUGCACGGCUAGGGUGGUCUCUGGACCAUACUGCCCCCAGCCUUCAGUCCAGUGGCUAAAAGACGGGCUUCCAUUGCCCAAUGGAAGCCACUACAGUCUCCAUGAGGACUUCCGGGUCAAGACCAACUUCUCAGAGGUGCUUGUGUCCAGUAUCCUGGGGGUCAACUUGACCAAUGCUGAGGACUAUGGGGCCUUCACCUGCUCUGUCCAGAAUGUCAGCUCCUUCUCCUUCACUCUUUGGAGAGCUGGCCUGGCAGGCCAUGUGGCCGCAGUGUUGGCCUCCCUCCUGGUCCUGUUGGCUCUGCUGCUAGCAGCCCUGUUAUACCUCAAAUGCCGCCUCAACGUGCUGCUUUGGUACCAAGAUGCUUAUGGGGAGGUGGAGAUGAAUGACGGGAAACUCUACGACGCCUACGUGUCCUAUAGCGACUCCCCAGAGGACCGCAAGUUCGUGAACUUCAUCUUGAAGCCGCAGCUGGAGAGGCGUCGGGGGUACAAGCUCUUCCUGGACGACCGCGACCUCCUCCCGCGUGCAGAGCCUUCAGCCGACCUCCUGGUGAACUUGAGCCGCUGCCGGCGCCUCAUCGUGGUGCUUUCAGACGCCUUUCUAGGCCGAGCCUGGUGCAGCCACAGUUUCCGGGAGGGCCUGUGCCGGCUGCUGGAGCUCACACGCAGACCCAUCUUCAUCACCUUCGAGAGCCAGAAGCGUGACCCCACGCACCCAGCACUCCACCUGCUGCGCCAGCAUCGCCAUUUGGUGACCCUACUGCUCUGGAAGCCUGGCUCCGUGACGCCUUCCUCUGAUUUUUGGAAAGAGCUGCAGCUUGCACUGCCACGGAAAGUGCAGUAUAGGCCCGUGCAGGGAGACCCCCAGACCCAGCUGCAGGACGACAAGGAUCCCAUGCUGAUUGUGCAAGGCCGUGUUGCUGAGAGCCGGGCCCUAGAGCGGGAGCUGGACCCUGACCCGGAGGGAGACCUGGGUAUGUCCACCCAGACCCACUACUACGACUGCCUCUCUCUGUGGAGGUGCUUGGAUCCAAGACCUCCCUGGGAACUUCCUGGACUUCUAGUGCCACUGUGGCUGGGGGUGAGCAGGGAGUGGCCUCCAAGUGGUGGGGUCCUGGUGAAAGGCAGUUUGUGGACUGUCCAGCUUCAGGCCUUGUCGUACCCUCCACACCCAGGUGUCCGUGGGCCUGUCUUUGGGGAGCCACCAGCUCCAGUACAUGCAAGUGGGGUCUUGCUGGGAGAGGGCCGUGGCAGCGAGAUGGACGUCUCUGAUCUCGGUUCCCGAAACUACAGUGCCCGUACAGACUUCUACUGCCUGGUGUCUGAGGACGAUGUGUAGCCCUCACCCCAACACAGUGUAGAAUCAUGGGGGCAGCGGUGGGGUAGGGGCAGGCAGGCUUCCCCCGGAAAGGCCAAAACCCCUGCCUGUAGACCCUGCCUUCUCCCUCAGGGAAGGAGUAUGGCUCCAGAGUGCCUUCAAAUAAAGUCCUCUUGGCUUUUGCCUGGGCCUUCUCUUCUGGAUGGGU